AUGUCAUUAACUUAUAUAUUCUACUACAUUCCCGAGGACAACGAAGACUUUAACUAGCUUAACUACUUUCCUAUCCAAAAAGCGAUUUAAGAGAUAAACUUGACUGAUAUUCGUUCAAACUUCCCAAUACCAGGAGAAUAUCACUUUAGAUUUCAGUAUAAAUACUAAGGACAGACAGUGUGGCUAGAUCUUUCAAAUGAAAAUGGCAAAUUGCCUAUUUCUGACGGCAUGAUCGUUAUUAAGGUACUUAGGACGAAAUGGACCAAUAAUCCCACCUAUGAGAAGAAGGUUAAGAAGCAGGUUUAGCCUCAAACUUAGCAGUAACAAUAGUACUAGGCUUCUCAUAGUCAUUCCAUGAACCCAGUAGUUGAUAAAAGUGCAGCUAAUUUAUUCGGAGACAAAUUGAAUUAAUAAAAGAAAGACUUCAGUAAUAGUAACAGAGGAUCAAAGAUUCAGCAAACUUCUAGUGAUCUUGGAUUUGGGGGAUUAAACUGGGCAAGUGACAACUAAUAGUAGAAUAAAAGCACAGCUAAAGACUUUGACUUGCUAUUCAGCUGA